AUAGCUAUCUGAAUGUCUAUUUCAGUAUUCCAAAUGUUAUUAGAAUAAACAGAAAAAGGCAAUCAGUUAGCAAAUAAUUCUUAGUAAGAUAGUAUAAGCUGCCAAACAUAAAGUGACGAAUAAUUCAACUAUUUGGUGCAAUCAUUUGUCUAGAAUUUAAUAAACUUUUUAGUAAGAUUUUAAGUUCCGUGUAAUGUUUUGGGUUAACCAAGAUGGCGGCCGUUUUAAAAACUGGCUUCAAAAAAGUCACGUGACACCGUCUCCUGUUUAUUAAACCUCCUUGGAAAAAUGUAAUGGAAUGCAAUUAUUUCUGCGAAAAGUGUAUCUGUCGUUUUGGAUGAUAAUGUAUAUAUUGAUAAAAAUAACUUUUUGCACCAAUCUUUGAGACAAACAAAUCAUAUUCAUAAUUACAUAUAUUUCUGAAAAAUUUGUUUCAAAGAUAUUUAACACAAAUUUCCUUAAUUAUAUACAAAUUUAUCAUGAUUUUUUAAAAAGAAAGUGGCAGCUUAAAGAAUUAAUUUAAUUGAUAAUUUGCUAUGGUGUGCCUGCCAAAGAAUUCUUCGAGCAAUUCAUUUUUCUUAGCCUAUCUUUGUUAAAUUUAGCUUGUAAAGUUGUGCUUUAGUUUUCAAAGAUGCAGAAAAAAUAAAUGUUAUCUGAUAUAUUGCAAACCAGUAUUUGACUAAUAUAUGUGUGAGUGACUAAUAUAAGUAGGUGACUAAUUCCUUGUUUAACCUUAAAGUUAUGUUUUUUUGAUCAUGGUUAGUAUAUCAUAAAAUGCCUUAAAGAUAUUAAAUGAAAACAAAACGCCUAUGUAAGCUAAAUUAGUCGUUGUAAAAAUGGUUGGAAAUUAACAACUUGAAAAUGUUGAUUGGCUUAAACAUGAUGAUAAAAAUAUAUAAAAAUGAUGACAUAUCCAUAUCAUCUUUAUAUCGUUAUUUUAAAAUGGCAUAUUGACAAAUAUGUAAAAGUUUUGGUUUAUUACCAGUUCAAAGAAGCUGAACUGUCAACAAAAGAUAUCAGCCGCUAUUAUGGAAAUUGUUUUUUAAGUCAACAAAUUAAUGCUUUAGCUGUUUUAAAUUAAACUAAUAAAGAAUCUUUAAAUAAAAUAGUAAAAAAAACUUAUAUCAAUAAAGUAAAAUCAAUGGAAUGCUGAUAUACCGUAUUUAUUUCAUUUAAAUGGACCAGAGAAUCUUUUAUUAUAUAAGUUAAAGAAAAAACAGAACAUGAAAAAACAGAGUUACAAAACCGAAAAAAAAACAGAUUUUUAAAAAACUUUCUCUUUACCAAAUCAAUGCAAUGAAAUUUCUUAUCCGCAAUCCUUUUAAGUUUUUUUACUACAUGAUAGUACUAAUAUGUGUUAAUGGACAAAAAAAAUCUAAGAACAUACAGCAAAAUUCAAGAGAAAACGUACAAGAUGCAAAAAAUGUUAUUGUUGAUAAAAAACCACUUGAUAUUGCCACUAUAAUUGAUGAACCAUUUGAACCGGCAAAAACCAUUGAGGAGAUCAACAUUGCACAUGGAAGAUUCAGUGAUGUUAAAUUUCCACCUGGAAACAGGCGAAGUCAUUCAAAGUUUGUAACUUUAUGGAAAGAUAAAAAUGGCAGGCCAAGAAUUCCAUAUGUUAUAAACAUUGGACCUGAUACUACUAAAACAAUGCAUCGAAUUAAAGCUGUUUGAGUUUAUGCAAUGCAUUAGUCGAAGAUUAU